CUCUCCCCGCUAAUGUUUUUCCUGAGCCGGUUGCCUAGCAACGAAGGCGUUUCCCCGAGAUUUAAGGAUACCUCUCACGCUGGUGCCUCACUCUGCUCAGACUGCCGCCGGCUCGCAGCUCGGCACAAGGCGGGAGGGAUCCCCCUGCUCCGGCCCUCCACCACCGCGUCCAGCCCGGCCUGGAGUCUCCAAAGUGUCGCGGAACUUUACCCAGGGAGACUAUUUUAAAAGAAAAACAAACAAACAGACAAACAAAAAAGGCGGCAGAAGAAGAAGAAGAAGAAGGACUUCCCAACCCACAGCUCUAACUGAUGAGGCAGCCUCCAAAUGACGUCGAGAUGGCGUUAGGCGGAACACUGCUGCCGUCCAUAUCCACGUUCGCCAGCGGCCCGGUCGACAAGAGCAGAACCAUCGGAAGCGCCUACAUUAAAUGGAAGGAGGAGCUGUUCCAUGUUAAGAGAUCCAGUGUUCCUGCAGGAAGUAGCUGCUCUGACCUGGACCUUCCCACCGCCACCAGCAUGUCCAAGAAAGACCCAGAACCUGAUCUGGACUUAGACUAUGACUUUAUUUUGUCCAACUCCAUCCUGCAGCAGCAGCAGCAACAGCAGCAGCAGCAGGAGGAGGAUGGCGGUGGCCUGGCGUGCGGCUCUGCCCGGGUGCUGUCUCCCUCCCCCGGCUCCUUCUCCUCGUCUUUCCAGCUCCCUUCCCCUCAGGACGCCGCCAGUGAGCUCUUGUACACCAUCCCAGACAUCAGCGACGUUUCUCCCUCGGGAGGAUUCGUGGCUGAACUCAUGAGACCCGAGCUGGACCCCGCGUAUCUCCAUCCCACCGGGGUCCACGGCAAGUUUGUCGUCAAGGCAACAAUGGAGGCGGGAGAGUACGGCAAGGCCUGCGCCAACGCCGGGUCGGACUCGCGAGUAUCUCCGUCCUUCCCCUGCCACAGGAUAAAGCAGGAGAACCCCAGUAACUGCACCAUCUCCCAGACCGUGGAUCUCCACCUAAGCCGGGGAGGCCAGCAGCGGCCCGGACACUUGGAUUUACACGGGUUCCCCAGCGGGGGGCGUUCCGUCACUGCCAGCAGGUUAUCCUCGACCUCCUCUCUUUCGCCGGACCUUCCUCUCGGGCGGGAGCACCAGCUGGGGCAUCCUCUCACCCAGAUGCCCCUACCUCCGCAGGGAUAUCACCACGGCUCUCCGCAGGGAUACCCCUCCUACCCUCAGACGUCCGCCAUGCAGUACCCAGAGGCGCUGAUGAUCUCUAGCGGGGACUGCCUCCCAGAGGAGCCCAAGCCCAAGCGCGGCAGGCGCUCGUGGCCGAGAAAGAGGGUGGCGACGCACACCUGCGACUACGUGGGCUGCGGGAAAACGUACACCAAGAGCUCCCACCUGAAAGCACAUCACCGCACGCACACAGGGGAGAAGCCGUACCACUGCGACUGGGAGGGCUGCGGCUGGAAGUUUGCACGUUCCGACGAGCUCACCCGCCACUACAGGAAGCACACGGGUCACCGGCCGUUCCAGUGUCAGAAAUGCGACCGGGCCUUCUCCAGGUCGGACCACCUGGCUCUCCACAUGAAGAGGCACUUAUGAGACCCGGGUCAGGGACCAGAAACGACGACCAAAGCCGGAGGCUCCAGGACGGAAGAACAUCUAAAUAUAUUCAUGUAUUCAUGGAAAGCUGAACAAACUGAUAUUUUAUUUUGAAUUCUUGCCUUCAAACUGGAGUCAAGCAACAAGACAAGCUGUGGUGUUUCAUGGCAGAAAAAAAAGAGCAUUACUCCUUUAAGAAAAAACGCCUUCUUCAAAAACUCAUCCUGUGACUCGACGAGGCCUUUCAUCCGGGGUUGUAUUUUUUUGUUUUUUAUUUUUUUUUUACGACAGGGACCAAACUGGAAUUUUUGUCUUAUUUAACCGACAAAACUUGGAUGGACCAGGUGCCGACCGCUUUUAACUGGAAAACAUCAGGGAAACCAAACAUCUCCAGAGGCCUUCAACCAGCAGCCACGCCAUCACAGACAAACAAAAAAAGAAAACGCCAUUAAUAAUGCUCACCUGCAACGGCAUGGAUUUCAGGUACACCCCCUCCCCCCUCAUGCAGAAUGGUGCUUAAGGUUUAUUUUUCUAAACAAAAAAGGUACCAAAGAUCCAGAAACGAAAGGAGGCGACAACAGUUUUUAUCCCACAAAAGAAAAAGUGCCAUAGCAGUCGUUUGGAAACUUCCUCAAUUGACUUCAGGUGAUUUUAUUUUUUUUCUUUUAUUUUGAAAAGCGGUGAUGGCAAUCUUCAGUGCACUGCAGCUGCAAAGUGCAAUAAUUUAUAUGAGACUUUCAUAUUUUUGUAUUUGAGUAACUCAGAACAAAAAAAAAACUGUUUAUAACUGAUAUAUGUAAUAUAAUCUCAAGACUUUUGUACAUUUUGUAAAUAUGAAAUGCUUUGUUAUUGUUUUGUAUUUUAUGGUAUAAUAAAACAAAAUGUAUUUGAAAUAAUGGAGGGGGGGGGUUUCCUGAAAGAAUGAAGCCCGUUUCGAAGGCAGCCACAAUAUCCUGCCUGAUAGCGGUGAGAGCGCCGCCGGCAAACGAACACAAUGAUAGAAAAAAAAAAAAAAAAGAAAGAAAGUACACUCCAACAAUGUCCUCCUUCUUGGGGUUUCUCUUUCCACCUGUCACAGGAAAGAAAGAAAACAGGACAACCGAGUGACUGGCUGACAUUCAAAUCCGACACCAGAUCUGAGCUGCAGCGGAUGAGCUAAAGAUGCUGCAGAGAUGCGGGAAACCAAAGCUUCCACCGUUUUAGCCACUUCCAACAGGAAAUUUCCUCAUCCAGAUGGAAGAACACAAACUGGAAACGAUUCGGAAAAGUUGCAUUGAUCAAAUUAAAUGUUGGUGCAAAAAAAAAAAAAAAAAAA